UCUCUAAUGGGAAAUUUUUUCAGCCGAUGCAUCUAGCAGAGAGAGAGAGAGAGAGAGAGAGAGAGUAUGUGUUUUUGAAGAUCAGUGCGUUUAGGUCAGAUUCUGUGAGGAAAAAUCACAAUCAAAAUAAAAAAUGGGGGAAAGUGCUGCAGAUUCAUCGUCGCAAUCACAAUCGUUCUUGAAGAGGCACUGGGAAGAGUACAAAGAGUUCUGGAGUGAGAGAUUCUCCAUCCUGGACAACUACUCCAGGUUCAUCAAACGCGACCAGCUGCUCCCCUCCUGGUCCUCCUCCGAUGUCGACGAGUUCGUGGCCGCCGAUCCCGUCCACGGCCCCACUCUGAGGACGGCCCGUGAAGCAGCAAAAUAUGGUGCUGCCGGAAGUGUUAUUGGAGCAGUUUCAACUGCAGCUGUUGCUUGGAAAUACUCGAGGAGUCCACAUGGUGCUGCACUGUCCUUUGGUGCGGGAGCUGUGUUUGGUUGGACAUUCGGACAGGAAUUUGCAAAUCACUGGCUGCAGCUUUACAGGUUGGAUACAAUGGCUGCGCAGGUCAAGUUCUUGGAGUGGUGGGAGAAGAAAUCUGCUGGACGCGCUUAGAGGUUGCGGAAUGUUGAAUGAAACCUUGUUUCUUUUGCAAUAAGAUUCAGUUGUCCAUGUUCAUUUUCAAUAGCAAGUGCUUAUUGAGAUGGAUGUUCCUCGUAUUCCAGUACGGAUUUUCAAAGAUCUUGUUUCGUCACUGUAACUGAUGUGAUGAAAAAUGCAGUUGGAGUGCUUUUGUAAUGUUCUUUUUUCGUUGGCUUCUAUAUUUUGAAAAAUAUUUUGGAGCGCGCUGUACUGGUAAUUUGUGGCAUUGGGACGACAUUGAUGAUUUUAAAAGUGCCAUAAUCGGAUCGAAAUUUAUAUAAUAUAUAGUUUGAGUUUUGGCUGGUA